UGGCUGCAUGGAGGGCAGGAGGGGGGUGGACCUCACACUGGAGGGGAGUUUAAACACGGAUAGAUAGAGGCUCUUGAGCUGUUAGGACCAUUUUGCAGUUGUUCGCUACGAGUGUUGUAUUAAGUCGGUGGAUUGGAUAUUCAUUCUAAGACGAGGAUUUCUUCAAACGGAGUUUCGACAUGUGUGAACAGUGUAUGAGGGCUUCUGUCCGUGGACUUCUAGUUAAUAACUCUUUGUUCUCACUGGUAACUUAAUUACGAAGAGAGUUGUGUUUCCUUGGCCCAGCACUAUAUCGAAUGCCUCAAACUUGCGUUUAAAAGCGGGCAUUGGCGUGUGAACAUAUAGACACAAAACAUUAGGGUUGAACUCUUGGCCCCAGCACCAGGGCAUGGCUGGCUGAUUGAUUCGUCGCUUAUUCAAUCGCUUUCUACAACUUCAACGAUCUUCUUCUAUCUGGAUAGUUGAGCUGACCAUGUCAGCGACGGCUGGACCAAGGCGGAACUUGUUUAACCUCCAGCCCCUGGACGCCACCACGCCCAGUCCAUUGUUUCAGAGGCGGAGGGUGGCGGUGGGGGAGGAAACUGGACAUGAGGCUAACAUUCUGCAUUUAGAAGAGGACCUUAGUGCCACAAUGUCUCUGGGCAACGCAGUCUGCCAGCGUUGCAAUGAUGGGUUCAAGAUGGACGAACAGAUCGUCAACUCCAGUGGCCUCUGGCACACAUACUGCUUUGUGUGUGCUCAAUGCUUUCAACCUUUUCCAGAAGGAAGAUUUUUUGAGUUUGAAGGCAGGAAGUACUGUGAACAUGACUUCUGUGUACUGUUUGCUCCAAGCUGUGGCAAAUGUGGUGAAUUCAUCAGUGGUAGAGUCAUCAAGGCCAUGAAUGCGUCCUGGCAUCCGGAAUGUUUCCGCUGCUUCUGUUGUGCUAAGAUCUUGGCUGAUGAAGGUUUUGUCAAGAAUCAGGGAAGAGCUCUCUGCAAAGAUUGUAAUGCCAUGGAAAAGGCCAAAGGUUUAGGAAAGUAUUUCUGUUUUAAAUGCCACUCUAUUAUAGAUGGGGGUCAUCUCAAGUGGAAAGGUGAAGCCUAUCACCCUUACCAUUUCAACUGCCAUUCUUGUGGCAUUGAGUUGAAAGAAGAUGCCCGUGAGAAGGAUGGCGAGCUCUACUGUCUGCGCUGCCAUGACAAGAUGGGCAUCCCCAUAUGUGGUGCUUGUAGACGUCCCAUUGAAGAGAGAGUAGUGCAUGCCCUGGGCAAAACCUGGCAUGUAGAGCACUUUGUGUGUGCCAAGUGUGAGAAACCUUUCUUAGGCACCAGACAUUAUGAGAAGAAAGGAUUGGCUUACUGUGAGAUUCAUUAUCAUCAGCUUUUUGGUAACAUUUGUUUUGUCUGUAACAACAUCAUCAAUGGAGAUGUGUUUAGUGCCUUCAACAAGGCCUGGUGUGUCAACCACUUUGCUUGCUCCAUAUGUGACAAGAAGAUGAGUCAGAAAACAAAGUUUUUUGAGUUUGACCAAAAACCUGUCUGCAAGAACUGUUACGAUAAGUUUCCCGGGGAACUCAAGAAAAGAUUGAAGAAGGCCUAUGAUGAAGCUGUGAAAGCAGGAAAAAUAUAAACCCGAGAAGAUGGCAAUCAUCUCGUAGUUACUUUUUUUUUUUACAAAUUACUCUCCAACUAGGCUUCAUAUUCUUGCAUGCGUAUAACUAUAAUUAGUGUGUUCAGACUGUAGAGAUUUUCAAUUGCUUGGUGAUUCGUUGGUUUGCGGCUGUGAUAUUUGUCAUGAUCUCUGAUGAAGAGCUGGCCCCUUGAGACAAACACAUCCCAGGAGUUGAAGUUGGAAUGCCCAAGCUGUCAUAAUAUUUAAAUGUACACACAGUCACAUGAUUGCGACCAGUCAUGUGACUGCAACUGGUCACAUGACUGCAAGUGUUUAGCUUGUCAACAGGAAGAGCUGGUUGUGAACUUGUUAUUUAAGUCCCAGUUAUAACUAUUAAUGUAUUUUGAAAUGUUGUCCUGUCUUUGUUAACUUAUAGUGAUGUUCAUCCUCUGUUUCUUUGUAUUGGCAUUACUAAUUGUUAUAGUAACAAGUCCAUCAGUUUACCAGUGAUCAGCAGUCUAGAAUUUACAACAUUUUUAUGCUAAUAUGUACAAUCUAUGAGUUGAAAUAUGAUUUAUUGAAAAAUGCAUAGCUCUCUAAUCACUGAAAGGGGAGAUAAUCUUUCCAGAUCACUCAUUCUUAGUUCAAACCUAGUGUUUACAAAAAAUCUGGCUGACACAAAAUUAGAUUAGUUUAUGCUUAUCAUUAUUACACAAUUUGGAAACAACAGAAGCAAAAUUAUUAUUAUCUAGCCAGCUUUUGGAGAUUUAAAAAAGAAAUAAUUUAACUCUUUCUCUCCUCAUUAAAUAAAAUUAAUGUUUAACUUGAUAAACUUUUUUUUUUUUUUCUGGUAACAAACGACAAAGCUAUUGAAGCUUAAUCAUAACAUGGUUAUGAAAUAGUAAUGAGCAAAAUGAAGAAUUCCAUCGAAACGUGGAAAGAUAAUUACGGAGAGAAAGAGUUAAAUACUUACGUAUGGAGACCAUACUAAUGUAUUGACUGCUUUAUGUAAUAAUAAUAAAGGAAACAUCACACUGUUUUGUAACUAAAGCUCUGUCUAGACUGUGUUGAUUUUCAUGGUUAAUCUGAGCCAGACAGUGUGUUGUUUCCUCUCUUGUUAGUCCUUCUCUUCUGUUGAACUAACAAAUGUCCAAUGCAUUAUUUCCCAUGUAUCAUUAUGACACUCACUCUAGGCCUAGUUCAGUUCUUGACUUUGCCUUGAAGGAACAUGUCACUUUUUUUUUUUUAUGUGCAGUAUUUGUGUACAUUUUCUUGGUGCUAAUAUUUUGUUUUGUUGAGUAGAGCUGCCUUACUUGUUAUUUUAAUUUUAUUUGGCUUUUUUUUUUCCUGGCAAUGUACUCUAUGAAUUGUGGACAAAAGGAAAUGUUACUUUGCUUUAGGAUAUAAACACACCGAAGGAAGCAAUCUCUCGUAAUCUAGGUUUAAUUUUUGCAAAGCUGACCACAUUUUUUUAAAAAGAUAUUUGUUUUUUUAUAUAGUAACGUAGCGUCAAAUUAGCUGUAUUUUCUACACAAUUUAUGGUGAAUGUCAAAUGUUAGAAUAUGAGUGAAUUGGCUGGCCAAGUGAUAAAACACUUGGCUCAUAAAUGGGAGACCUUAGGUUCAAGUCCUAGUAUAGUCAUCAGGGUCUAAGGGUUUUCCUAAGUGUGCCCAGCUAUACAAGUUCUCUACACCAUGGUCAUUGUGCUGGCCACACAAUCACCUGUCAACCGUUGGCUUUAGAAACAAGAGACUACUACCUCAUUUGCCAUUGGAUCCUAGGAUAAGAUAAGAGGGAACUUUGCUUCUUACUUUUAUAUAUAUUAGACUAACCGGAUAAGACCCGUGGCCUGCAGACCUUAGUUUGGGUAUUACUGAUCUACUGGAUUGAAUUUAGAUCUAUGUCAAACUUGGAGAAUGUUCCCUUCACAUUUUUUAUUUUACCACGAAAAUAAAAGUAGAGUAUGAGAACGGGUUUACCCAUUCAGCUGACAUAUUCAUAUCCAAUAUAAAUGUCAAUGAAAACGGCAAUUUGUUAAAAAGUGUUGCUACUUAACAGAGAUAAAAUUAGGUACUUUUUGUCUAUUUUUAGGGCCCUCCGGUUGUGGGAGGGACAUUCAACAUAUACUACGGUCUCCGCCAUGAUUUAAGAAACUUUUCUGCCAAGUUUUAUCAAGAUUUGGUCAAACGGUUUUGAUUUUUAUUCGGGACAUACAUACACAGCCUUACUUUCUGCUUUAUAUAUUAGAUUUAUAUAAAAUUUAUCAAGAAACUUUACUACAAGGAGAAUGGUAUAGUUCAGAGGUUCACAUUUUCUCCACAUUUUAUUUCAGUUUUAGAGCUUAGGAACAAGUUUAGUUUAAUUCCAGGCUUCUGUUUAUUGUUUAUAGAUAUCACAGUAUUGUAGUAUGUUGGUAUUGAUUCUUUAUCGCAUUGUAUUUAUUAUUAUUGUCAGCCUAUAAGACAUGCUUCAUUGUCACCUAUUUACAAUGUAAGAAGAGGCUUCUCUUCCAUGUAGUCAACACACAAUAAAGUCAUGUAGUAUUGAUUGAUCAUUGAAAUUACUGCCUGAAGGUCUUUGUUUUUUUUAAAUAAGCUGAGCCUCUUGGCUUUCUUGAACCAGUGCCGGAUUUACCUAUUAGCAACAGAAGCUAUAGAAAAGAAAAAAAAAAAGGAAAGUUUCCCUUUUCAAACCUUUUGAUCAGUAGGGCAGAUGAUGUUAAGGUCAUCUGUUUCUUUGGCCAAUGGUUAUACGAGCAGGAUGCCAUGUGGCCAGCACUACGACCAACCGCUUUUACUUUCCCCAAUUAAUGUCAGGUACCCAUUAGAAUAGGGUGGGCUCAGGUGCGACCUAAAAAUCUUGAAAUUCAAAAUCCCAGACGUCACAGAGAUUAGAUCCCAGGACUCCAGGUUGGGAAGCCAAGCGCUUAACCACUUAGCCACUGCACCCCCAACAUAAGCUAUAGCUUAGCCAAAAAAAAAAAAAGUUCCAUGGAUAUUUUCCAUCAUUUUGAUGCUGAUUACAGGGAGCCCAAAAUCUCAAAAAAAAAGCUUAAGGUCUUAUCAGUUCUAAAUCUGGCCUUGUUCUUGACUUUAAACUAAAGGAGUCAUUGAUUUGGAGCCAUGAAUUUGAGGGGUGAAAUAGUAGCUAAGAUUUGGUUAUUCUAUGUAAAGUGUAUUUGAUGCCAACUCUGCACCUUAUUAUACACAAAUAAAAAAUUAGAUUUUGUAUGAAUCAUUAGAAUUCAUAAUAGAAAAUUAAUCUUACGACAUAUAUCUAGAUGUACUUUCAACCAGAGAUAAAUAGAUCUAUACUUAUUUCAACUGUAUACAUAUUAGGAUCUAAUAUCUAUAAGUGUAUAAUUGUACUCUGUACCAUUAUAUUUCAUGUAUACAUAAUUUUUAUUACCUUAGUUUGAGUUAUUACAUUUCACCAGAGUCAUUAAAUGGACCACAAUUUCUAUUUUAACUAUAUUAUAGUCUUUCGCUAUGGGUCCUGCUGGCUAGUGUUGUUCAAUAAAGAAAAUGUAAAAAAAAAAAA